UUUGCCUUUAGAGAUGAGCUGCAAAAUGUUGGGUGGUUUAUCUGUUUUUUUUUUUUUUUAAAUUAAAAAAUCUAGUGUCCCAAAUUAAGGGAAUAUGUGUGUAUUAAAUUAUCCCUACUGCCCAAAGCUGUGACCGGUUCCUCCUUCACAGUCCGGGCAGUGCUACAAGGGUCAAUGAAAUGUAGCCUGUAGUGCAUAGUGUCAUUUCUUGGGCCAGCUCCCUCCACUACAGUAACAGAGAGCACUAACAGGUAGCCCCAGAGGGAGCUUGAAUGAUCUGAUUUAGGAAAACUGGUUGUUAAACUUGCUCCUAGUGAGUCCCUCAGGCCUGUUUUUGGUCCUGUGGAAACUACUGUCCCCUUUCCUGGUCUCCCCACCCACCGUAACUGUGGUGACAGAGCAGCAUGGCAAGUGGUCUCUUUAAAUGACUGUUCUCCCUGCAUUGUAGUUGUGUGUUUAGAAUUCAUCUUCUGCCCGCCCAUUCAAGAGAGGCGAAGGCAUUGAGCCGUACCACUUGGCAGUCCUGAGCAGGGUAGAGCUAUAUCUGCUGUAGGAAUGAGAUGCAUCUUAUUUGAAGCCACCCGCAUUCUCUUGACUCCCUUGCUGUACUGGUGCUUUGCCCACUCAGGAGGCAUGGCUUAAUGUUGAGACAGUAACCGCAGGUAUUUUGUCAGGUUGUGUGUUCAAGCAGGUGUGCAUGUGAGACGAAAGGGGUCCUUCAGAGCGAGGACUAGGGCCAGGCGUGGCCUGCCAUCACUGUGCAUUUGGUGAUUUAGAUCACUAAUGCACUGGUCCUGUCAGACCGCUGUUUUUCUGCUGUGCUUCAGUUUCCAGGCAUGGCCCUGGUAAAGGAGAGAGCUGUCAGAGUACAAGCAGGCUCCGGAAACUCCUCUUUUUUGAGUUCCUCAUUUUACUGACCUGGGUCAUUUUUAUUAUUGACGCAGCUAAAUAAACUGCAUGUAAAAUGGUGCGAAUGACUAAACCAAGCCAAAAGCAAUGCUUGUGCCCUGCUUAUUGCUCUGUUAAUAUCAUGAUACAGAGGAGAGUAGGACUUUAGACUGCAAGACUUUGUAAAUGAGUAAAGACAAGUCAACAUUUACCAUAAAUUGUGCAAGCUGCUCUGAAAGAGGGAGGGGAGUGUGCAUGUGGCUGUUUGGAGUGUUAAUAUAGAAGAUGGAACUCAAAGGUGUAGCUACCCUGACCUUUAUUUUCCUCCUUGUGUUUAAUAACCCAGUUGGAAUCCAGCCUACGCUCUUCCCGCUCCAAUUGAGCUACCAUUUAAGUGACCCAAGCACACUUACAUACAAAUUUAAAUGAAAUAAAACCUCAAUGUAAAUAGUACUAAAGAGUUCACUUCCAUUUGGUUGCAUACAAAACAACUCAAAUGUUAGCAGCAGCUCUGUGCAUGCGCACUGAAGAGCAACUGGGGGAGUACGGCCGGGGGGUAUUUAAACCCAAACAAGUGUAACUGUGUGAUUUCUCUUGAAUAAUUUUUCUCUCUCCCCCCCCCCCCCCGCCCAAAAGGUUAGACUUUGUCUUUGAGCUCCCCUAGCUACAUUCACAAUGUUAUUUGAAUGGGUUUGAAAUUGUAAUUUCCCUUAAGAGGAAAAUCUAUUGUGGAAACAAUAGAGGAGAUAUUUUUGCUUGAGAGAUUAUGAACCACUUCCUGGCACUUGCACGUCAGUAUGUAAACUGAGGAGUAUGCUGUUCCUGGUUACAGUUCUCUGGCGUGCCUGGUAAGUACUUUGGUCCACUUACUUGCCCGACAGAAGUGUAAUUGUGUGUUGGGACAUUACGUAGCAUUUUGGGGCAUGCCACCGCUUACUGCUGCCUGUCACCUAAAUCCUUAUGAAGGCUCCCACCAGCUGUGGCCCACUAGGUUGGAUUUCAGUGAUGCGCUUACGGGGCAUUGUUGUGCUCCAGUUGCUGUACAGCUUUGGAAACGCUGCCCAGCCCAGGUUGCCAGCCCCAAAACACCUUGACCUGAAGCUGGCUGACAAUCUGGACUCCCUGACGGUGGCAGCGCAAAAACUGCAGGAGGACCUGGCUCCCUACUACAAGGAGACCUGGGGGCUGUGGGUGAAGGACACUGAGGCCCUUAGGAAAGAGCUAACCAAGGAGAUGGAGGAAGUGAAACAGAAGAUCCAGCCUUUCUUGGAGCAGUUCUACAAGAAGUGGACGGAGGAGCUGGAGGUCUAUCGCCAGAAGCUGAGUCCCAUCGGUGAGGAGCUGAAGGAGAUGACCAAGCAGAAGGUGGAGGUCCUGCAGCAGAAGCUGACCCCCGUGGCUGAGGAGGCCCGGGACCGGCUGCGUGGGCAUGUGGAGGAGUUGCGCAAGAACCUGACCCCCUACAGCAAUGAGCUGCGCCAGAAGCUGACCCAGAAGCUGCAGGACAUUCGGGAGAAGGGCAUCCCCCAGGCUGCCGAGUAUCAGGCCAAGGUGAUCCAGCACCUCACUGCCUUCCGUGAGAAGGUCACGCCCCUCGUGCAGGAUUUCAAGGAGCGCCUGACCCCCUAUGCUGAGAGCCUCAAGACCCGUUUCUUGAACCUGCUGGACAACCUCCGAAAGAACUUGGCCAAGGCCAACUAGUGGCACCGGGCCAGGGACUGACACCCCCUUCCCUAGCCACAAUGACCCCCAACUGAUUAGCCACUGCCCUGCGUUCCACUGCUGCUAAUGUGCAUCUGGGCGAAGGCACCAGGUGUGCUUGCCUCCCCCUUCCCCUGCUCCCCGGGCGCCCCCAGCGCUGGGCCAAGCUGUCUCAGUCCUUUGGGCUCAGUCACUUAC